UCAUUUGGAACACCAAGUGAUCCUGGAGUUAUACACUGUGUUCCAGUCUCUGCUCAUCAUGCAAUGCCCUGGAUCAAGGUACAUACAUACCCUGCUCUACAAAUCAAAUGGUGUCCAGCCUCUGGAGUACACCACCGACUACAAAAACCCAAAUUUUGAUGGUGUGGUCCUGGUGGCCGAGAGCUACGAGUAUCUGCCCAAUGAGUUGGAAGACCUUCGACGGCCAUUGCAAGACUACAGCUCGCUGGACUCUGGGUUUACAGAGGAGGUGGUGGUCGUGAAGGUACCAGAACUUGCGGGAGAUCGGCUGGUCUUUGCUUCCACUGGCCCAGUGAACCGGGACUAUGACGAUGUCAGAAGGUUCAGUGAGGCUGCUAUCAAAGGGAUUCAAAGGGCAUUGAAAGCUGGAAUGCAACGCCCUCUGCUGGUUUGCCCAAAGCACGGUGGCUAUGAGCAAAGCCCUUUGGUCGCUGCUCUUGGGGCACUUCAUGCGCUCUACGUGCCUCUUGAGAUACGUGAGGCUAAGCCAAAGUCAUCCCCUUACAAGGUGGCAAUGUUAGGUCUAUGGGCGAAGGAUGAUGAACAGGGAAAAUUUCUUGUGAAACUGGCCACUGCCCUUGAAGCUGCCAGAGUGGUUUAUCGAGACAUCGGGGGGUCGGACCCUGAACGCAUGGCUGCUUCUCGAGUGGUUGAAUACGUCCAGUCCGUCUUCAAGGACAGCCCUGUAGAGAUCAAUGUGGUGAGUGACUUGUCCACCUUUGAGAAGGAGUAUCCCUGCCUGGCUGUUGUCAACCGCUGUGCCAAUGCUGUGCCUCGCCACCAGGGCAGAGUGAUCAAGCUGCAGUACUGUGGGGAGGGACCUGUCGAGCACACCCUGAUGAUGGUGGGAAAGGGAAUUACCUAUGACACGGGUGGAGCCGACAUCAAGGCUGGGGGAAUCAUGGCAGGGAUGCACAGGGACAAGUGUGGAGCUGCAGCUGUUGCUGGAUUCUUCCAGGUCCUGGCCCAACUCAGACCCAAGCACCUUAAGGUUGUGGGUGCCAUGGCCAUGGUCCGCAACAGCGUGGGAGCAGAUUGCUAUGUGUCAGAUGAGCUGGUGGUGUCCAGAGCCGGGCGUCGGGUGCGGGUCGGGAACACGGACGCGGAGGGCCGCAUGGUGAUGGUAGACCUGCUGUGCGAGAUGAAAGAGAAGGCAGUGAAUGAGGUGAACCCAGAACUAUUCACUAUUGCCACUCUGACUGGUCAUGCCAUUCGAGCCAUGGGUCCCAACUACUCGGUCAUAAUGGACAACGGGCCUGCUCGCAAAUCGGACAACGCCCACCUGUGGCAGGCAGCGGGAGAUGUCCUCGGUGAUGUUUUCGAGGUUUCAAACAUCCGUCGUGAGGAUUACGAAUUUCACCGUGGUCAGUCUGAGUACGAAGAAAUCCUGCAGUCCAACAACCUUCCGUCCAGUGCUACUCCCCGGGGACACCAGACCCCUGCUGCUUUCCUCAUUUUGGCCUCUGGCCUGGACAAGCAUGGAGUGGAUUCCAACAAGCCUCUGCCUUACUCUCAUAUUGACAUCGCUGGCUCCUCUGGACCCUUUCCUGGGAUACCCACUGGAGCCCCAAUCCUUGCCAUGGUGUCCCGAUAUGUUCUGCCUAGUCUCUGAAAGAUGUGUUUACCGUCCACAUGCUGGUUUCAGACACUGUCCUCCUUACAGCCACAGUUGUCAUAAGGGGUAAGGGGGGGGGUGAAGGCCUUUGCAAUUCCAUCCAUUUUAUAGAGAAGCAUUUGUGUUCUUACACGUUAUCAGCAGAAAAUAUAAAAUAAAAAAAACUUUGAAUCCUGUGA